GCAGAGCUUCAAUAGAAGGAGAACUAUUUCGGGACCAAGCGAAAUGUUUCUAACUAAUAUCCCGGGACGGGAUAGUUUUGGGGCAUAUGAAAAUGGCAGUUGUGGCUACAACAGAGCUAGUUGCGGAGAUGGAAGAGGCGGGGCACAUACGAAUGGAGAUGCGGUUGGCGGUGGAGGCGGUUAUGGUGCCGGUGGGAACGGUGGAGGUGGACUUGGUGGUGUGUGCUACAACUACGGGAAGCCGGGACAUUUCAUGCGGGAUUGUUGAUCACGUUCCGGAAACGGUGGAGGUGGACCUGGUGGUAGGCGACAUCGUGUCAUCUUUGAGGCUGGUUAAAAAGCAACUACAGCUGGGGACUCGACUGGAACUCUUGCAGAUAGUGAAGGCGAAGACGACUACCGAGAAGAAUAAAGCUUUCUUAGCGGGACUGCUUCGAAGGCCUAGGCCUAUCUCGCAGCUCUGCAUUUUUACAUCGAACAAGUUGAUAGGCUUGUAUCGUGCAACGGGCCUUUUCACCGAGAAGAAGACCAAACAACAUUUGCGUCUCAAGAUCGACAGAGCAUUACACGGGAAGACUGGCGUAAGCAUAAGGAGGCGUAUCAACAUCAAGGUGUCGUAUGCGUCUACCAUUAGGAAGAACGCCACCAGGAAGGUCGCCGAAGGUAUGGUGAACGAAAGGUUGUCUGACACAGUUGUGACCGACUUCGUAAAGACCCGCAUUCGGGUGAUCUGGACACGAAACAAAUCAGUGGGCGAGCUCAUAUGGAAUCGCAAGCGAUAUGCGACGGAUGCUGAAGUAAGGUGUUGUUGCGAUAGCUUCUCACUUCCAAAAAUUGCAGGCCAUGUACAGACGCGCUUCGCAGAGUUGCCGGAGGAACUGGUGCCUGGGUUCAUGCGAAAUGCUAAGAACAUCACGAGGCCGGGACGCAAGCCAUUCGUGGGCGGAACCUUCUUCAUCGGUAACAAGCCGUUGCAGUUACACUUUGUCCCAAACUGCAAGAACACGGACGCACUGUACGAGAAGGGUAAGCUGGUUUUCCAGACUAUGCAAGACUAUAGCUUGUAUUCAGACAAGGCAGUGAAGAAGGCGGCUAUCAGGAGAAUGUGGGACCAGACCACGUGUAAGAAGCUGGUUCUGGGCUCAAUUGCUUUCGCGAUCUGCGAGGCUAACCUCGGGGGCUAUGCCCCGGAGGUCUCUCUCGGUGCUCUGGCCAAAUUGGCCAAGGCUGCGCGCGAUGAGUAUCUGGACAAAAUGCUGGCUAUCUUCAGAUGUGCUGCAGCACUCGGAAGAAAGUACGACCCGGGGCGCUUGGUUGCCCCGGUAAGUUUUGAGCUCCAUAUGAGCACGAUUUUGGCAGCUUAGUUCGUUUAGUCUGUUUGUCUUUCGAAAUGUAGCAGACCCAGCUAGUGGGUAGUGGACUCGGUUCACAUGCUCCACGGGU